GGAAUCUGAGACUGAUCUGUACCUCAAUCCAGUGCGGCGCUCCAACAACGGGGACAAGGGGAAAGAUUUGGGAAAAUUACUUUUAGUCGAAUUCUAUUCUUUUUCAUGAAUACACGAUGUUAAUAGACUAUAUAACAUUUGGUCGCAAAUAUUUAUGUGAUGUGGGAAAUUUCGUUCAAACUGGGAGAAAAUGUUUUCCAGUCGGCGCUCACCAAUGUAUUUCGGUGUAUUUUUCCCUAACAGGUAGCAAGCGCUAACGUUAGUAACAUUAGCUAGCUAACUUAGCUGCUAGCCAUUGGCUAGUGAAAGAAACCAGCUUGCUGGCUUAUGUUGGCGCUAACUAAUGUUGGCUAUCUUGCUAACUAUUUCAUCGAACAGUCACCUGGACUGAAUACAGAAGGAGUAUUCAGCACAAAUUUAAUCAGCUAAUGGAUUGCUUUUUUAUCUUUUUUAAUUGGGAAAAUGAAUUAUCUUCUCACAUUGCCACCCCAUUGGAUUUGUAGCAGAACUGUAUAACCGGCAAAAUGAAGAAAGAAGACGGUGUGGAUUAGAAAAGGACUUUCACAGCGCCGGCACAGACUCUCGCGUGCGUUCGGAUUUUUUCCUCUCUUCAAUGUGGGCUCCAAAGGAUUGUUGCCUUUGUAACUUGGAAUAAAAUAAUGGCGACACGUCGGACAGGUCCUCCCGACGAAGAUGAGGAGGGAAGACAUUCAGUCGGAUCACCAACUUGUGAGGCCAAGCGGAAGGAUGCCCGGGAGCAGAGCGAGGAGUCGGGCACGUCCCCGGGGGAGGAGGAGGCCUUCUCCUGGCCCGGGCCCAAAACCCUGCGCCUGCGCCGCACCUCGCAGGGCUUCGGCUUCACCCUGCGCCACUUCAUCGUCUACCCCCCCGAGUCCGCCGUCCACUCUUCCAUCAAGGAUGAAGACAAUGGAAGCCGAGGGAGACCGCGGACCAGGCUUGAGCCCAUGGACACCAUCUUUGUCAAACAGGUGAAGGAGGGAGGCCCCGCCCACGGAGCUGGACUCUGCACAGGGGACAGGAUUGUGAAAGUCAACGGAGAAAGCAUCAUCGGGAAAACCUACUCCCAGGUGAUAGCCUUGAUUCAGAACAGCGACACCUCUCUGGAGCUGUGCGUCAUGCCCAAAGACGAGGACAUCCUGCAGCUGUUCUCGAGGGACAUCACCGCUCUGGCGUAUUCCCAGGAUGCCUACCUUAAAGGAAACGAGGCGUACAGCGGGAACGCCCAGCACAUCCCCGAGCCCCCUCCCAUAUGCUACCCUCGGAUAGACCCGAAGCCCGCGGCCAUGGCCCAGUCGCCUGAGCCGUCCCCCACGGCGCCCGGGCAGGAGGGGAGAGGGGCGUGGCCGGGCUCCUCGCCGGGGGGCGGAGCCGACGCGGGCUACCGCGUGGAGAUCCCCGUCCCCCCCUCGCCGCCCCCGCAGGCGGCCAAGUCGCAGACGGUGGUGUGCGUGUGCAGCGAGGGCGCGAGGGCCGCGGCGGCGCCGCCGGAGGUCCGGCUGGCCCGCUCGGCCCAGGGCCACAGGACGGAGGAGGGCCGCUACGGCCCGCUGGGGGCCAGCCUGCACCUGGUCCGGACCCGGCCCUCGGGAGGCUCGCUGCAGUACCCCCCCGCCGGCCGGACCGCCAACUACCCGGCGUGCCCCGACCUGCGCUCCCCCUCCGUCAGGUCCUCGCUGGCGGCGGCCGGGGACGCCUACCCCGACCCGGGCGGGCACUACUCGCCCUCCCCUCCCCCCGCCGCCACCUCCCCCGCCGCGCACCAGAACAUAGACUGGCGGAACUACACCACCUACAGGGAGUACAUCGACGCCAAGCGGCUGCACGCGUACGGCUGCCGCACCAUCCAGGAGAGGCUGGACAGCCUGCGGGCCGCCUCCCAGCCCGCCGGGGAGUACAAGCAGGGCGCGCCCGCCGGCUCCUCCCCGCUCCAACGCAGGAGCACGUCCCACGACCGGGCGUACCCGGGCCCCGGCCCCGGCCCCGGCCCCGGCCCCGCCCAGCCCCGCAGCGUCUCCCAGGAGCGGCUGGGCCCGGCCGAGAUGGCGGCGGCGGCGCUGCGGAAGGACUGGCCCCGCAGCGCGUCCCAGGACGCCCUGGCCUCCGCCCCCCUGGGCGCCCCCAAGCCGCGGGCGCGCUCCUGCGACUACCUGGUCCGGCAGGACGUCCCGCCUCCAGCGGAGGCGCUGCUGUACCGCGAGGCCGCCAGGGCCGGCCGACUCCCCGGCCAGCCCCCCCGCGGCGCCGCCCACCCGGCCCUCAGGACUCCCGUCGGGUACGCGGGCGGCAGCGGCCCUCGGGGGGCGCCGUCCGCCCCUCAGCUCUCCAAAGGUACGGAGCAGCUGCUGGCCGCCAGGACGGACAGCCCGGUCCACUCGGCCCCCCCCGCGGGGAACCGGUCCCUGCGCCUGCCGGUCAAGACUCUGGGAGACCCCGCCCCCUCCCCCGGCAGCACCGACGCGCCCAAUGACCAAAGAGCGCUGACGCCGAACCACCUGCCCCACGCCGCCCACCGCCUGCGGCCGCAGGCAGAGAGCGCGCAGGAGGCGGGGAAAGAGGCGGAGCCGUUCACCAGGUCCUCCUCCUGCUCCUCCCCCUGCAAGACCCCCUCGCCCAGCCAGCUGGCCGGGGCCACGCCCACCAGUAACGGCGCGGUGACGCUCAGGACCAAGGUGCGGGAGCCCCCGGCGAGGCCCGCUGGCAGGGAGGCGGUGGCAGGGGAGGGGGUGGGGCUGGGGGCGGUGCUCAUGCGAGAGAAGACCGCCGCCAACCCCAUCCGCCACCACUCCUACAUCCUGGCGGUCAACGACACGGAGGCGGAGCCCGGGACGGACUCCACCUGCUGGCUGCCCAACGACGCCCGGCGGGAGCUGAACAUGAGGCGGCUGGAUGUGCAGCGGAAGGCCUCCUGCUCCAGCAACCUGGACGACUCUCUGGACUCCAUCCCCUUCAUUGAUGAGCCGUCCAGUCCCAGCAUCGACCACGACGCCGCCCACAUCCCCGCCUCCGCCGUCAUAUCGGUCACCCCCAUCAUAACGACGAUACCCCCGAGCCCCACGUCUCCCUCUCCUCUCAUCCGCCGCCAGCUGUCACAUGACCAAGAUUCCCUGCGCCUCUCUAUCCUGGAGUCGGAGUCCGGCGCCAAAACGGAGCGCUCCAAGUCCUACGACGAGGGCCUGGAUAACUACAGGGAGGAUGGAAGGGGGAGGACGUCCGCUAAGCACACGCCUGGUCUGAAGAGCCUGAGGAAGGCGGUGGACAAGUCCUCCGAAGACUCGGGGUCCAGGAGGGACUCUUCCUCCGACGUCUUCAGCGACUCCACCAAGGAGGGGCUGCUCCACUUCCGCCAACUCAACACUGACAAGAGCAAGCGGGUGGGUGGAGGCAUGCGGCAGUGGAAGCAGAUGUACGCUGUGCUGCGGGGACACUCUCUCUGCUUGUACAAGGAUAAGAAGGAGGGACUGGCCGUGGCUGCCUCCCAAUCCGAGGAGGAGCCACAGCCAAUCAGCAUCAAGGCCUGCCUGAUUGACAUCUCCUACAGCGACACCAAACGCAAGAACGUGCUGCGCCUGACCACCUCGGACUGCGAGUACCUGUUCCAGGCAGAGGACCGAGAAGACAUGCUCUCCUGGAUCAGAGUCAUCCAGGAGAACAGCAACUUGGAUGAGGAGAAUGCAGGUGUCACAAGCAGAGACCUCAUAAGCAGAAAGAUUAAGGAGUACAGCACUCUGAUGAGUCCUCCCAGCGGUAAGACGGAGCCGUCGCCCAAGCCUUCCCGCCAGUCCCUCAGUAUCAGACACACCUUGCUGGGAGGGAAGGGGGAGACCAAGGCCCUGCUCAGCCCUCACUCGCCCAGGCAGGACUCCGACAGGAAGGCCAUGCACAAAGACGAGCCCAGUCCUCCCAAGGAUAAGGGCACGUGGAGGAAAGGCAUCCCAGGCCUGAUGAGGAAGCCCUUUGAGAAGAGGCACCCAGCAGGAGUCACCUUUGGAGUGCGGCUGGACGACUGCCCUCCAGCCCAGUCCAACAGAUUUGUGCCUCUGAUAGUGGAGAUCUGCUGUAAGCUGGUGGAGGAGCGGGGGCUGGAGUACACUGGGAUCUACAGGGUCCCCGGGAACAACGCCGCCAUAUCCAGCCUGCAGGAGGAGCUCAACAAGAGCAUGGGCGACAUCGACAUCCAUGACGACAAAUGGAGGGAUCUCAAUGUCAUCAGCAGUUUGCUGAAAUCCUUCUUCCGGAAGCUACCUGAACCCCUCUUCACAAACGAGAAGUAUGCAGAUUUUAUAGAAGCCAAUAGAACCGAGGAUCCGGUGGAGAGGUUAAAAGUUCUCAAAAGAUUGCUCCACGAGCUGCCAGAUCAUCACUACGAAACACUGAAGUUCCUCUCUGCACAUCUCAAAGCGGUGGCUGACAACUCAGAGAAAAACAAGAUGGAGCCCAGGAACCUAGCCAUCGUGUUCGGCCCGACUCUGGUCAGGACGUCCGAGGACAACAUGACCCACAUGGUGACGCACAUGCCGGACCAGUACAAGAUAGUGGAGACCCUCAUACAGCAAUACGGUUGGUUUUUCACUGAAGACGGCAGCGAGGAGCCCAUGACCAGCGCGCAGCAGGAGAACGCGGUGGAGUCGCAGCCUGUGCCCAACAUCGACCAUCUGCUCACCAACAUCGGGCGCACGGGCACCUCCCCUGGGGACGUAUCAGAUUCGGCCACUAGCGACUCGACGAAAUCCAAGCAGGGGUCUUGGGGGUCCGGGAAGGACCAGUACAGCCGAGAUCUCCUGGUCUCCUCCAUCUUUGCUGCAGCCAGCCGCAAACGAAAGAAGCCCAAGGAGAAGCCGCAGCCUAGCAGCUCGGACGACGACCUGGACGUCGCGCCGGCGGGGGCGGAGCCUCCGAGCGAGGGCCGGAGCCGGGCGCAGGACGGCGCGGGCCGGACGGACGCGGCGGGGGAGGGCGACGGAUCCGGGCGGGAGAGCGGGAAGAGCGCAGCGGAGCGCCGGGACCCAGCGGCAGCGGCGGCGGCGAGAGAGAAGACCUCCCCGAGCCCCGGCCCCGCCAAGUCCUCUCUGUCCGACCCCCCGUCGGACCUGGGGACCGCCAGCCCCCCCCCGAGGGCCCCCGACGGCAGGUGGGCGGGGCCCGAGCGCCGGGGCGGCGAGGCCGGGGCGGCCGGGGCGGCGGAGGUGAGCUCCAUCACCUCGGACUACUCCACCACCUCGUCCCUGACCUUCCUGACGGGGGCGGAGCCCGGCGCCCUCAGCCCCGAGGCGCGGUCGGCGGCCGAGAGCCGGGGGGACGAGGCGGACGACGAGCGCAGCGAGCUGGUCAGCGAGGGCCGGCCCGCCGAGACCGACAGCGAGAGCGACUUCUCCGUCUUCGCCGCCGGCCCGCCCCCGGACCGGGCCCCGGGGGAGGGGCCGCGGGGGGGGACCCUGCCGGGCGGCGCCGACGGAGGCGCCACGCCCAAGCCGGACGGCCGCCGGCCCCUCCCCUCCCACAGGCUGAUCGAGUGCGACACGCUGUCCCGGAGGCGGUCCCUGCGGCAGAAGACGGACAGCGAGUCGUCCACCGAGGGGGGGCGGAGCGAGCGGGAGCCCAACCGCCUGUCCCGCGUGCUGGAGGUGAUGAAGAAGGGCCGGUCCACGGGCAGCCUGCUGAGCGUGCCGGCCCGCGACGGCGAGCGGCCCGAGCCCGCCUGGCGGCUCAAGAUCACGGAGCGGCUCAAGUUCCGGCUGAAGACGUCGGCGGACGACAUGUUCGGCGUGGGCACGCAGAAGGCCCGGCCCGCCGACGGGCGCAAGAAGAAGAACAUCCGGCGGCGCCACACCAUGGGCGGGCAGCAGGACUUCGCCGAGCUGGCCGUGGCGGGCGAGUGGGGCGGCGGCGUCGGCGGCGGGGGCGAGCUCUCAGCCGUGGACCGGCUGAGGCCCAAGUGCAGCUCGCAGGACUUCUCCAUCCGGGACUGGAUCGCCCGCGAGCGGUCCCGCGCCGGCAGCCUGGAGCCCAGCCCGGACGCGCCCGCCGCCGCCGCCGAGGCCGAGCUGGAACCCGAGCUCCGGCCCUCGCCCUCGCCCUCCCCCGGCCCCCGGCCCGCCGAGCAGGUCAACGGGGGGGGCGUCCCGGGAAAGAGCAAAGGCCCGCUGUGCCUGGCGGGGGACGCCCACCCGCACAAACUGUCCGGCGCGCAAGUCGUCCGCUCGCGGUUUCAUCAGUAUCUAUGAGAGACUAGGUGUGCGCGUGUGUGUGUGUGUGGUGUUAGAGCGUAUGCGCGUGUGUGCGCGAGUGCGAGGUCUGCGUCUGUCCGUAUAUCCACUAGGGUAACUGCACAAUAGUUAUUUUUACAUACAAAUGUAUAAAUGUACUGUAUGUAUGUUUAUAUACAUACACGGUUUUAACAGACGUAACUGGAUAUACCUUCUAUGUUUUUCCCUUUUUUUUUUUUUUUUUCUUCAUGGUUUAAUCUCGUUUUCCCUGGUUUCCAUGACUGAGGUGCAGGUGAGGUUUGUCCAAGCUCAGAUACACGGAGAGAGAGCCAGAGCGUCAGAUGCUUCUUUCCUGAAGUGAACUCGCUUCAGCCUCUACAUGGUACCUAAUGGAGAGGAUGCAGCGGCAAGUAUUACCGAAGCAUUUUCGCUGAACAUAGAAGGAUUUUUAAAAAAACGUUUUUAACACGGAAGUGACGGUGCAGUUCUUUCCCCGGUAACCGUUAUGAAGAAUGUAUACGCUUGCUGUUAUAUUGACUAAAGCUUAGUUGCUUGUUACGACUCAUUUUAAAAGUGUACAUAUUUCUCUCUGUACUUGAAGCGUGUUUUUGUUUCCGUUUAGCCCGCGUACGGGCUGUUUUCUGCGCUGUGUACUGUGGAAGGCUUUUUUUGCAGUGCAUCGGAACAGCCAGACACUUUGCGAGCAGGACGAGAAUUUUAAAAAGCUGUUUUUUUAUACUUCUAAAUGAGGAAUGACAAGCGAGUACUGACACAGCACAUCUGCUGCAGCAUGCCGCGUACAGUACCGCACUGCGCUUGUGUUACCGUCGCUCUGUCAAUUCCUGGCAUUAGAACGCAGACAGGAGGGGAGAAUGGAAGAACCCACCCUUAAAAUCAUGUCUCUUCACUUAAUGAAAGUGCCUCGUUUUGAAUCUGUUCUGAGUUAGGUGCCAUAUACCGUCUUUUUGAUAAACUCCAUGAUGUACUGUGAAUGACUGAAUUUUAUCUACAUCUCAUUAAAUAAUUUUUCAGAUUCCAAAUACAGACAGAUUCUGAGCUUCCAUUUUUAUUAUUUUUUUAAAGGCAUUCCAGUUGGGACUUAACGGGACUUAAAAAAAAGAUUUCAAAUCUUGAUUUGUUUGUUUUUCUCGUGUUUUGGAUUUUAUUGGGACUUGAAUUUGAAAUAUUUGUGAAAAAAGUGACUUAAAUGUAUGUUUUAGCCUCCCCCCCUCCCCCCUCCCCAUGCCAGAUUUGAUCAGUGUUGUAACAUAGGCAUGCAGAGCGCGAGUCCGAUAAACCUGGUCAGGUCAUCGCGGUUCUUGUGACCCUGUCUGAGGCUGCAUGAAGGUGAUACUUCCUCAAAACUGGAACGCUGUGUCCUGCCUGUGUACGGUCAAACCGCGGUCUGUCCCUUUCAAAACACUGGAAAUAAACGUCUUUGUGAUAUUU